AUGGCGGAUCUUGUCGACCACUCCCCCCACCAUCCCACCAAAGCUGCCCGGCUGGCCAGCGCCUCCAAUGUCAUUCUAAUCGACAACUACGAUUCAUUCACGUGGAAUGUCUAUCAAUAUCUUGUGUUGGAGGGAGCCACGGUGACUGUUUUCCGCAAUGAUGAAGUUUCCGUCGAGGAUUUGAUCGCCAAGAAGCCCACUCAGUUGGUGAUUAGUCCCGGUCCUGGUCACCCGGCGACCGAUGCGGGGAUCAGCAACGCUGCGAUCAAGCAUUUCAGUGGGAAGGUUCCGGUAUUCGGUGUGUGUAUGGGUCAGCAAUGCAUCAUCUCGUCGUUUGGUGGCAAAGUGGAUAUCACUGGCGAGAUCCUGCACGGUAAGACGUCGGUGCUGAAGCAUGACUCCAAGGGUGUCUACGCAGGAUUGCCAGCCGGUCUCUCAGUCACCCGCUACCACUCGCUUGCGGGAACCCAUUCGACAAUUCCGGAGUCCAUGGAAGUGACCUCGUGGGCGGAACUGGAAGAUGGCAGCGGCAAAAGCGUCAUCAUGGGCGUGAGACACAAGGAAUUUGCAGUGGAGGGUGUCCAGUUCCACCCAGAGAGCAUUUUGACAGAGCAUGGGCGAACAAUGUUCCGUAACUUUCUCCAACUCACUUCCGGCACUUGGGACCAGGGCAAACAGGGUAGCUCAAUCCCCAAAGCUGCGGCCCCUGGGGGCAAGAAAGCGUCUAUCCUGGAGAAAAUCUACGAUCAUCGCAGAAAUGCCGUGGCCGAGCAGAAGAAAAUCCCGGCUUUGCGACCAGAUUCCCUCCAGGCCGCAUAUGAUCUGAACAUUGCACCACCGCAAAUGCCUUUCGCUGCGCGUCUGAGGCAGUCGGACUAUCCCCUUUCCCUUAUGGCGGAAAUCAAGCGGGCUUCGCCAUCAAAGGGCAUCAUAUCUGCGGACGUCUGCGCUCCUGCUCAGGCACGGGAGUAUGCCAAGGCCGGGGCGAGCGUUAUUUCCGUGCUCACAGAGCCCGAAUGGUUCAAGGGUACCAUCGAUGAUCUGCGAGCCGUUCGCCAGAGCUUGGAGGGUCUUACCAAUCGACCGGUGGUUCUGCGAAAGGAGUUUGUUUUCGACGAGUAUCAAAUUCUUGAGGCCCGACUGGCUGGAGCUGAUACCGUCCUGCUGAUCGUGAAGAUGCUCAGUGUCGAGCUUCUUACGAGGCUAUACCACUACUCUCGCAGUCUCGGAAUGGAGCCUCUCGUUGAAGUGAACACCCUAGAGGAAAUGAAAAUUGCCGUCGAACUCGGGUCAGAGGUCAUCGGUGUCAACAACAGAGAUCUUACGAGUUUCGAAGUCGAUCUUGGAACAACAAGUCGCCUGAUGGAUCAGGUACCUGAGAGCACCAUCGUGUGUGCUCUCAGCGGUAUCUCCGGUCCCAAGGAUGUGGAGGCUUAUAAGAAGGAAGGUGUCAAGGCUAUCCUUGUUGGGGAGGCUCUGAUGCGGGCACCGGACACCUCUGCCUUCGUCGCCGGGCUUUUGGGAGAGUCCGCUAAAGAAGUUUCGGCGGCCUCACCCAAUUCGCCGCUGGUCAAAAUCUGCGGCACUCGAUCCGAAGAAGCCGCUCAAGCCGCGAUCCAAGCUGGGGCCGACUUAAUCGGCAUUAUCAUGGUUCAAGGCCGGUCGCGGCUUGUUCCAGACGACGUGGCCCUACGCAUCUCUCAAGUGGUCAAGUCAACCCCUCGCCCUGGGGCUCAGUCGAGUGAUCCCUCUCCACAAAUAGCGAAGGCGACUCCUUCAGAAUGGUUCGAUCACUCGAUCACUGUCUUGUGCCACCCUUCCCGUGCACUGCUUGUGGGAGUUUUCAUGAACCAGCCACUGCCAUAUGUUCUUGCUCAACAGCAAAAGCUGGGACUUGACGUGGUACAACUUCACGGCUCAGAACCUAUAGAAUGGGCAAGCUUGAUCCCGGUGCCGGUGAUCCGCAAAUUUGCACCAGGAGAUACGGGAAUUGCACGCAGGGCUUACCAUACUCUUCCAUUACUGGAUUCUGGGGCUGGUGGCUCCGGUCAGCUUCUGGAGGAGUCCGGCGUGCAAAAGGUACUUGAAAGUGACGAGGGACUGAGAGUAAUCCUAGCCGGUGGGCUCAAUCCGGACAAUGUUGUCGACACGGUAAAUAAACUGGGCAAGCUUGGGCAGAAGGUGGUGGGAUUGGAUGUCAGCUCUGGAGUGGAAACGAGCGGCUCGCAGGAUCUUGAGAAGAUCAGGGCCUUUGUGAAAGCAGCGAAAAGUGUUCGGCAAUGA